AUGGGCAAGAAAUUGAUUCUCACGGAGAACGUCAAGACCUUGGAGAAUUAUAAUGUUCUUGUUCGACAGCUCACGCUCCCCUUUUUGUGCGGGCUCUUGUUGGGCAGAUGUAAUCAGCUGCAGAUAAUCAAGACUUUGUGUUGGUUUGGAAAGAUUUGUUUCUCGUGCCACAUUGCAUUAGCCGGAGAAGUGCAAGUGCCGGCUACAGCAGUGUGUCGUGCCUCUGCCUCCGCCUCCGAGCUCAGUCCUUUACUGCUGCCACAAGCCCGCGCGCCAAUGAAUGCCAGGAAACAAAAGGACCCAAAGGCCUCGAAGGAAAAGGCUGCGAGAGAGACAUGCGCUAGGAAAGUCACCUUCAAAGCAGUGAGGAAAGAAGAGGAGUCCAUCUCUAAAUCUAAACCAGCCCUGGGCAUUUCUGCUGCUGGCGGGUCCUCAUCAAAGCUUCAGCUGGGCAAGGAAACCACAAGACCAGCUGAGAGCAAAGCAGCCAUCAGCCUGAGGGGGCUCCUCGCUGCCCAGAGAUUCUCAAAGGAAUUCAAGAACCGAACUGCUGCCCGAAGACAAUCAAGACUCCAGGUCUCUCAUCACAAGCCCAUCACCAUCAUCAAUGAGCAGAUCCCAGACUCAGCUGCAAACCCAAAAGAAAAAUUCUCUUGUGCCAAAGCAGAGGAGCUGAUCAGAGAAUAUUUACCAACCAAACUUGCACAUGUUACCUAUGAGCCUGAGAAAGGCGCCAGCCUCAGUACAACUGUAAGUGAAGAAAUAAAACGCCUGGUCAAGACAGUCACCCCUCCUCGGUAUAAGUUAAUUGUCAACGUCACCAUCGGAAACAAAGACCAAGACGAGACCGUAGAUAUCAUGGUGACCAGCCAGUGUCUGUGGGACCCUCAUUCAGACAACUUCACCUCCUCCCAAUACAUGAACCCGACGCUUUUUUGCGUGGUUCUAGUACAUGCUGUUUAUUUUGAGUAG